AUGGAUUCAAACCCUCCAUUGAUGAGCACUUACAAGAAGCUCUUGAGCUCUCCUCUAGAUCCAUGCAAUGAUUUGGGAGUGUCCUCCGGCGAAGAGUGUCAGCUUCCGGUUAUCGACUUAGAACUUUUGAACACCGAAAAUGCCGAGUUUUGCAAAACAGACAUUGCUGUCGCUGCUGCUGACUGGGGCUUCUUCCAGACUUUUCGGCUAAUAGCUACCGAUGGGGCUCACCGGCGGCCACCUCUGUCCACCAGUUAUCAUGGUCUGAGGCUUAUCAUAUCCCAACUGAACCAAUCUCAUGUAUCUUUCAAACACAUCGCCAGGGAAACAAUAGAAGAGCUUGCAGCAUUGCUAUCAAAGUUGGCAAGUUUACUGGCAGGGAUACUGGCAGAGAGAUUGGGACGUAAUGCUGCUUACUUAGAGGAGAAGUGCACCAAUGAAACGUGUUACAUGAGACUCAAUCACUACCCAAUGUGCCCAAUGCCCAGUAAUCUCUUUGGUCUUGUACCCCACACAGACAGUGAUUUCCUCACCAUACUUGUUCAGGAUCAAGUUGGAGGUUUGGAGUUGAUGAAGUUUGGGAAGUGGAUCCCUGUCAAGCCUAAUCCAGAUGCACUGGUUGUCAACAUUGGUGACUUAUUUCAGGCAUGGAGUAAUGGAGUGUACAAGAGUGUGGAGCAUAGAGUGGUGUCAAGCCCGCACCAUGAGAGAUACUCAGUGGCUUUCUUUCUUUGUCCUUCUUAUGAUACCAUUAUCCAGAGCCAAGAAACUGAGACGCCAAUUUACAGAAGGUUUAGUUUUAGAGAAUACAGGCAGCAAGUUCAAGAGGAUGUUAAACUCAUUGGUCACAAAGUGGGCCUCUCAAGGUUUCUUGCUUGAAAUUUAAGCCAUGUUUCUUAAUUAGUAUUAAAAAAAAAAAAAUAAAAAAAAUCAAUAGCUGGUGUUCAAUUCCAUCCACUUCUAAAAGUGUUACAAAUGUUG